AUGGAGAUAACUGCGGGCCUGGCGUCGGUUGGAGGGGUUGUUUCCAUGGAAAUCCCGCCCCGGGGUGCGCUCGCAGCGGUGCAGGAGGACGAGGAAGAGCGGCUUCAUCACCCCGGACAGCUCCGGCGCCGCAGCCCGCCUUCUGGCCAAGGGAACUUCUACAUGCUUAUCGUGAUCGGAGAGAUCGCGACAGAGCACCAGCUUCAGAAUGCCAGACAGCACAUAGAGCGAGGUAUCCAGUCCUGGGAUAUCAGCCUAACAGAAUGUGACCUGGACCAACAGCUACAGCUUUUCAUAACCAGACAUUCCGCCCAGUUCUCUGCAGAGGUCAGAGGACAAAGGACUCUGCGCCACAAAAGUGAUGUUCUUGAGACGGUUGUAUUAGUGAAUCCAUCACAAGAUACUGUUAGCUCUGAGAUCCAUUAUCUAGUUUCUGACCCAGCUGUGCACAAGCUUCUUGUCCUGAGUGGGCAGAGCUCUGACCAAGGUGACCUGGUUCUCCAAACUGGAGUCUUUAGUCAUCAAAACUUCUCACGUGUGCUUGCUGAUCCUGGACUCAGUAAUCUGCUGGUUAAAGCUGGCCCUGGACAGCGGCCCUCGCUGACUGUGUCUUGUCGUGGUGAGGCAGGCUGGAGCUCUCUAAAGCAACAACAACAUAUUAGGGAGCUGCUGAAUUAUAGGCUGAAUCCUGAACCCAUACUCCCUAAGAUGGAGGGGGUCAAUGAGUUCACAGAAUACAUAUCUGAGACCGUGGAUGUACCGUCCCCAUUUGACCUUCUCGAGCCUCCGACCUCUGGAGGAUUCCUAAAGCUCUCAAAGCCUUGCUGCUAUAUCUUUCCUGGUGGAAAGGGGGAUUCUGCCCUUUUCGCUGUCAAUGGUUUUAACAUUCUGAUUGACGGUGGCUCUGAGAGGAGGUCAUGCUUUUGGAAACUUGUCAGACAUUUAGAUCGUAUUGAUUCUGUCCUUCUCACCCAUAUUGGUGCUGAUAAUCUUCCUGGGAUCAAUGGUCUCCUUCAGAGGAAGGUCGCAGAGCAGGAGGAGGAGCAGUCUCAAGGUUCAAACUCCUACAGUGACUGGAUGAAGAACUUGAUCUCACCAGAGAUUGGGGUCAUAUUCUUCAAUGUACCAGAGAAGCUUCGCACCUCCGAGUCGAAUUUGAAAGUCAAACGAAGUAUUGAGGAAGCCUCUCUUACAUUACAAUACCUCAACAAGCUGGGAAUUAAACCUGAGCCUCUUUUUCGAGUGGUUAGCAACACCAUUGAGCCAAUCACUCUUUUUCACAAGAUGGGUGUGGGCAGGUUAGACAUGUUUGUCCUUAACCCUGUGAAGGACAGUAAGGAAAUGCAUUUCCUUAUGCAGAAGUGGGCAGGUAACAGCAAGGCCAAAACAGGGAUAGUGCUUCCCAAUGGAAAAGAAGGAGAAAUAUCUGUACCUUAUUUGACAUCUAUCACUGCUCUUGUGGUAUGGCUCCCUGCCAACCCCACGGAGAAAAUCGUCAGGGUUUUGUUUCCUGGCAAUGCACCACAGAACAAAAUCCUUGAAGGACUUGAAAAGUUAAAGCACCUUGACUUCUUGAGGUAUCCAGUAGCCACACAAAAAGACAUAUCUUCUGGGGUCUCACCAUUAACUGUGAAGCAAACCAAAUUAAAGCAAAGAACAGACAGCAAAGAGAGUCUUAAAUCAUCUCCAAAGACUCACACACCAGCUAAACCUUCUAAGAAAGAAAACGAUGAACAUGAGGAUUUAUCCGUCAUUGAAACUAAGAGUGACUCUGUCAAGGAGAACAAGAUUGAAAAAAAGGAAGAAAAGAAACACACCAAACCACUGAAACCGAAAGCAGAAAUGACAGAAAAGAAAAAGUCAUUGAAGGAGAAAUUACUGAAAAAACACCCAAAGGAAAGGGUGUCCAAGAUGGAUGAAAAGAAAGAUAAAGAAAAGAGGGAGGUUAAGAAAGAAAAACAUGAGAUUAAAAAAGACGAUGGUUUGAAAAAAGAUGAAAAAAAGGUUAAAUCCAAGGACACUUCAAAACCUGAACUAAGAAAAAUAACUAAACCUGACCUGAAACCUUUCACACCUGAGGUCAGGAAGACACUCCACAAAGCCAAAACCCAAGGGAAACCCAAAACAAUGAAGAGAAAACCUAUAACUUCCAAGGUGGAGAGUGCAGAGAUUGCAGUAGAACCAGCUCCUGAGAAGACCGAGCUUGAGACACAGAAGAAUGGGACAAGACAAGCCAUAUCUGCUCUGUCUACUUCAGAAGAUCUAACAAAGGAAUUUGAUGAAUUAAAACCCACUAAACUUAAAGAUCACCCUGAAGCCCCAAAAAGUGACUCUAACAUCUUAGAAUUACCAGCUGAAAGAGACACUGAAAGUUCAAAUGUUGCAGUGGAGUAUAGAGAACAAGAUAAUGUUACCCAAACUGCAACAAAUAUAGUGGAGCAGAGCCUUACAGAGUCAGCAGACAUUAAAGAAGCAGUGCCAUCAGCAGAGGUCAAAGAACAACAGAACAAGUCCCAAGAAUCAGAAUUAGAGAAAUUUGAGGAUGAGGGUGCUGCUAUUGAAGAUGAAGAUGAGGAGGAAGUUGAGAUACAAAGUGUUAAAAAGAGGACAGAGGAUGAGGAGGAAGACAUGGGAAUAGGAGAUGAAGAGGGUGAAGGGGCCACAAAGGACACCAAAGACUUGGAAGGAGUGGACAGAAAGCAUGAAGUUGAGGAAAUGGAGAAACAGAAAGAGAGGGAGGAAAGAAAGAAUGAAGCUGAAGAUGAACAGUUUGAAGUAGUAGAUGUGAUUGAGAAAGCUGAGCUAGAGGAAGCAGAGGAGUUGGAUGCCACUGCAGAUGAAGAAACGAAAGAUUUCUCUGCUGAGAAAGUCAAGGAUGUGGACGUCAAAGAAGAAGAGGAUGCGUACUUGUCAAAUGUUGGAGGUGUCACAGCUGGAAUUACUUCUACAGCCCAAGGAGCUGCUGCAGCAGAGAACCUAUCAUACAUCCAGGAUGAAACAAUCCCAGGUUACUCAGAGACUGAGCAGACCAUCUCAGAUGAGGAGAUCCAUGAAGAAGCAGAGGACAGGAUACCACACCUCCAGUAUGAGGUGGGUAGCUAUGAUGUCUCAGUCCCAGACCAACCAGGCUCCUUUGAUGCCAUCCAUGGGAUGAGAGAAAUGCAAGCAGCUGCGGCGGGCAAUGGAACAGUCGAAGUAUUGAUAAAUGCACAGGAGCCAGUUAUUUCUAUCUACACCAGCAUACUUGCAGCUCCACUGGCUGAAGAGGAACAUGUUUCUUCAGCAACAUCUAUAACGGAGUAUGACAAGCUGUCCUCUUUACCCACUUCUGUUGCAGAGGAUCAGUCUGUGGCAUCAGUCACAGCACCUCAGACUGAAGAUACUGGAAAGAGCUCACAGGUUUUGGACACUGUAAACAGUGUACAACCUGUUACCCAGACUGAAGGCACCCAAGGAAAGGAGUACCUGCAUUCAGCUGGAACCAUCUCACCAACAUCAUCCCUAGAGGAGGACAAGUGCUUCAAAUCAUCUCCUUCUGAAGAAUGUCCUCCACUUCCCUCAGAAGGCAAAACAGAGGGAAUUGAGAUGGCUGCUCAUUAUGAUGAUGAAGAGGAGGAUGAGUAUGAAGAUCAAACACCAAAUAUUGACAUUUCACUUGGAAAGUUACAAGAAGGAUAUUCCUCACCUGAAAAACUUGAAAAAGAGAAGGAAAUGGACAAACCAAAAAUGUCUGUGCCUUUAGUCCCAGAUACUUCACCUGACAAAAGAGUCUUACCUCCUGAGAAGGAGAAGGGAUCAGCAUCACAAUCAAAACUCGCUUCCUCAUCACACAGUGUUUCUAAGCCUUCAGAUUCUGAAUCUAUCGUUUUUCCAGAAGCGGAAGACAGGUGCAUUAGCCCUGAUGACAGUACUGUAAAAAUGGCUUCUCCCACACAUUCAGGGCCACCUAGUCCCUCUCACUCUCCCCUCAGAAUGUCACCUUUGGAAGGGAAGGAUAAAGUGUUUCUUAAAGACGUUAACCUAGAACAAGACAAAAGUAAAUUUAAAGAAGAAAAACAAAAACCUGAUAUUUUGGAUAAGAUGGAAAUAUCUCAAGCAGUGGAGGAAGAAAAGAAGAGAACUCAGAAAGCAGACUUUCCCACAUCUGGACAUGUUGAGGCCUUCUCAAUUGAAACAGAAAGUCUAGCAAUGUUGCCAUCAAAAGAAAUAAGUGGCACAGAGGUAAUGCCUCAUCCAAAAGUUGAAAACAAGGGCAAAGGUGAAGAGGAAUUAAAAGAGAGCAGUACGGCCGUAAUCCUGGAGGAUGAUAAUGAUGUUGAUGAAACCCAUGAAGUAAAAUCCUCCACAGAAAAGGAAGCAAAAAGAGACAAGGAGAAAGAGAAGUUAGAGGUUGAUAAAGAGGAUGUUGAGGAAAAGCAUAAGAAGAAAGAUCAGUUACAAACUUCUUUGCCACACACGGAUGAAUCAACAGCUGCUACACCUUUAGAAGCUAAAGAAAAGAAUAUAGAGGUUACAAAACAAGAACAUACAAUAUCAGAACCAGAAAAAUCAGCAUUGCCUGCUACAGAGGAUUUUGAGAUGAAAAAUAUUAAAGAGGAAGAGUCCCAAGAUAAGAGUUAUCUGUCAGUUCUGGAAAGGUCAGAGAUAGAGAAACAGGAGAAACAGGUAGAGGAAGUUAAAUCAGACAAAGUUGAAAAAUCAGAACAGGACUCAAAAGAGAAAGAUCUGACUGAUUCAUCUAGUCAAUCCUUAGACAUACGCUCAGACACCAAAGCAGAAACAUCAACAUACCAUGAUUCGAUUGAAGAACACAAGGGGACACAAAAAGACAUAGUAGAGACAUAUAUUGCAACUGAAUUGGAAAAAACUUCAGAGCAGAAAUCAGAAAUAGUUGAAAUUCAGCCUGAACAGGUAGUUUCAGAGAAAAUGUAUUCAUCUGUCUGUGAAAUAGACCAGUUUAAAGAAGGAGCAGAUGGCCUCAAAUCUCAAGUACAACAGUUAACUGAAAAAACAUAUCUUACCUUAAAAGAUGAAGAAAAAAUAGAAAGUAAAAUUGAAACUGCACUGACAUCUGAGAAAAUGAUUUCAGCUGCCAAAGAUCCUGAAGGAUCUAGAGAUAAAAACAUAGAGGACAUAAAAUCUCAAACACAACAGCAAAUGUCAGUGGAAGACCCACACUCAAAAUCAGAUGCUCGAUCUAUAGAUAUGCAUGUAGAGGACAGCCAGACCAUUACAGAGAAAAUGGAUUUGGCUGCUAAAGAUGAUGAUGUAUCUAAAGAGAAGAAAGUUCAAGAAACCCCAAGUGAGACAGAAAUUACUAGUAAACAAGAUGAAGAAUUGAGCAAGAAGCUUGUGGAAGAAACCAAACCACAUUUAGAAAAAGCAGAUUAUGAAUUUAAAUAUGUUGAAGCAGACAAGUCUCAAAUUUCACAGCCCAUUGUUUCCCAGGACACAUUUAAAGUGCAUCACCCUAGCCAAGACAUAGAAAAAAUUGAAGAAGAAACCAAAUUCAAAAUACAAAUGUUGAUUUCAGAUAAAAAAGAUUUCCCACCAAAAUCAGACCAUGGAUCAAAAGACGAACAAGCAGACUUGAGCCAAGUUCAAGUGUUGCUGUGUGCAUCAGAGAAAAUAGUUUCUACUAAAGAGGAUAAAGACUGGCAAGACAAAAAUGAAGAGGAGAAAAAAGUAGCAACAGAUAGCACCAAACUACACGGCAAACCUGAUGAAGAAUCCACAGAACAUCAGAUUUAUGAAAAAACUGAAUCUGUCUCUAAAUCUGAUUAUAAAUCAAAGGUGCAGAGUCAACCUCUGGAAAUAACAUCACAGAAAGGAGAUUUACAAACAAAAGAGGAUGAAAAAAGCAAAGACAUACAUGUCAAAUCUGAACAACCAUUUAUGUCUGAAGACAUAUCCUCAAUAUCGUAUGAAUCAAACGAUAAGUGUGUGGAGUACAGUCAGCUUCAAAUCUCUCAAGCAAUAUCUGAGAAAACAGACACUGCUGCUAAGCAGGAUCAACAGUUUGAAGAAAAACACACUGAAGAGGUUCUAACUAAAACACCUCAACCAAGCACCUCAACAGAUAUGGCUUCUGACACAAAACAAGAACUUAAGGUGAUGACUGUGAGAGAAGUGGAGACAGAACCUGUUACAUCCAAAUCAGAUAAAACUGUGGAUUCAAAAUCUGAACUUGUGUCAGUAGAUGAAGUAAUGAAAAGAAAUGUGGCAUUAUCUGAACAAAUUCUUCCCAUUGAACAAGAUAAGCCCAUUGAUUCAAAAGUUAGCACAGAGUGUAAGGAGAAAUUAAUGAAAGAAGAUACAUCUAAAUUGGUGUCAGAUAUGGCCCAUGUAGACCAGGGAGAUAAAAAGAAACCUUCAGAGCAAACUUUAGGCUUUGAGACCUUAGAUCUGAUCUGUAAAGAAAAAGUUGAACUGAAAGAAGUACCCCAAGAAGUUACCAAGCAACACACAGCAUUAGAUGAAACAGACACAUUAGCAACAACAGUAGAGCAAACAGGCAUUGGAUUCAAAGUUAAUUUGGAUUAUAAAGAAAAAUGCAUUGAGGAGAUUGCAAAAGAAGCCUCCCUGACUGUGGAAAACACUAAGGGCAGUAUAGAAACAAAAUUUGAUUCUACUUUUCCAACCAAAUUUUCAGAUGAAGAUGAAAGCACAGAGGAAGAUGAAGGAGAUGCUGUUUGUAUGGGAGGUGCAGGUUCAAGACCAUUAUCUGUAGAACCUUGGAAGUCAGAGGAAGCAAAGGCAAGCAGCUCUGGACAACCUUUAACUUCUGAGACAUCUAUGAAAAAAGAGGAAAUUGUGGCACAUUCAGAAGAGGAAGAGUUGAUUCGAGAUUCAAGUGGAAUGCCAGCUGAACAAGAGAAAGAGUGUAGGGUGGAUACCACAUCACUAAAACUUGCUACUGCAGAUAUAUGUAGUAAAUCUGUCACAGAGAUUCCAAGUCAACUCACUCUAACAGAGAGCAAAGUAGCAAGCGUCACACUGUCCAGCUCUACCAGUCAGGCAAGUGUUAAGGAUACUCAACAAGAAACAUUGCCUUCUUCAAAGGAGGCUCCAAAACCUGAGAAGGAGGCUGAGAGAGAAAGGGAAGGAGAACGAGAGGUUGCCUCUCCAGGUUUGGAAUCACAUUUAGAUUUUCAAAAGUCUGGCAUUGUUAAGAAAUGUACUGAGAAGGCUGACAGUGAGAGAAUGAAAUGUGAAAAGGAAAAGGAUGACAGGAUGACUUAUAAAGUGGAAAAAGAGAGCUAUGAAGCUUCUAAAUAUGAGCCAUAUGAAAAGCCCAUUUCAAAAGACACAGAGAAAGAAAGAGAGGAAGAGAGCCAGUCUCCUACUCUGGAUAUAGAUUUUGAUGACAAUAAAAAAGCAAGUCAGUCCCCUUUGCUUGGGGCUGCCUGCCCAGUAGAGGAAAAUAGUGAUGAUGAGCCAGUUUCAUUCAGCAAGGUUGAUUAUCAAACUUCAUUUACUGAAACUAAAACAAGUAUUCACAGCAGCCACUGUGCCUAUUCAGAGCAAGAUAAUAAAGAGCAAUACCAAGAAGAAAAGUUGGGUAGAGAAGAGAGACAAGAUACUCUUUAUGCGGACAAAAGUUUUACAUAUGUUGAAACUUAUGACAGCAGGGCCAUGCCUGCAGCUGGUUUGAGCUCAUUUGCCUCUAGUGAUUUACAAGACAAAUCAGAGAAAUUAGAGAGGGAAGAGAGAGAAAAAGAGAAAGAGACUACCAGAGAGGACACACAUUCUGCUUGUCAAGGAGAAAAGGAAACAAUAAAUGCUAAAUUGUCAGACAUAGAAACUUGUUCAACUGCUUCCAGUCUUUCACAACCUGAUAAGCCAGAGAAAGGGCAUACAAUAGACGACACCUUGGCAACACCUUGCUCAGAUGACUUGGACAAAGCAAAAACUUAUUUUAAAGUUGAGGCCAGUGUGACUGAAACCUCUUCUCAGCAAGGGCUUUCCACAUCAUCACAGACUCAGUCAAGUAUUCAAAGCCAAACAACAUCAACAACAUUUGACUAUGAAGAGAACAGAACAGAGAGUGGAAUCUCAAAAUGUGAAGAUAACAAAGAUAAACAUAAAUUUGAUUCAGUUGAAAGCAAAGAGGACGUAUUCUGUUCUGAUCGUUACUCACCGUCUGAGAAGGACAUACUUCCUGCCAAGUCAUCACCUGAGGAAACAGGCCCCCGUGUCGCCUCUCCUGGUUUUUCUGGGAAAUCAAUGAAUGACGAUGACAAUGUUCUUGCACUUGAGUGCACUAGCAGAACAGAUUAUUUUACCUGCAAGUCAUUGAUUGUGAGUGGGGAGACAGAAGAAUGUAUUGUUAGAAGCCAGAAAAUUUUUGCAGAAGAAGAGGAUGAUUAUGAGGAUGAGGAAGAAGAGGAAGAUGCAAGUGAUGUGGAUAUUGAAAAGGGUGCUAGAGAGAUGUCUGAGAAAGAGUCCAAAGCAUCAUUUGAUAUCAAUACUACAUCUAAACCACCUGAUAUAAAACAAGAAGAGACAAAGGUCUGUGAAUUGGAAUCUGCCCAAACAAAAGAAGAGACCACUGGGUCAUUAGCUUCUGAAGCAACUGCAGCAGUUCUACAGAUGGGCGCAGCAGUUCUACAGAUGGGCACAGCAACGGCUGAAGGACUCACAACUGAGCCUUCAUCAGUACAUGCAGAUCAGCAUGAUGCAUACAGCAUGGAUGGUGAACAGUCAAAGAAACAAGACACCAGUUCAACCCAACCUGACCUAACCAAGCCCAGUGAUGAUAAAUAUGAUGCACAGGAAACUUCAGAUAAAAAGCUUGAAGGUGCAGAAUCCCAAGCCAGUGCUCAGGCAACCAUGUCUGAUGCAACUUACUCUUUGUCCUCCUCAUUCAGUUGCUCUUCUUCAACGUCUGCCUCUUAUUCAACUGGUCAACACUUUGGAGAAGGGCUAGAGCCCCCAAUGACUAUUACCACCUCCCAACUUCGGUCAGAUGGAGACAGUAUAUCAUAUGAAUACUCAUCACUGAAAGAGGAAGAAUCCCCCAUUAUGGAUUUACCAUAUUUAAGUUCUGUGGUACAUUCCAAAGAUGAAUACAUGGAAGUCUCUGAUAGAAUGACACCUGCUACAACAACAGCUGAAUCUAUAUCCAGUCUUGCCAGAUUUUCUCCUCUCAGUCCCUUGGAGGAAUCAAAAUCCUUUCUUCAAGAUCAAACAUCAUCAGCAGAGGAAAAGUCGGAGGAGGACAUGUCAAGCAUUAAAUCUGACAGAGACCACCUCUCUGAUCCUAAACAAGUACCUGUAGUAGAAUUACAUUGCUCGAUAGUGUCAGAAUCAGCAGCUUCUGAGCUUUCUCACCCCACUGAGGUAGAAUCUGCUACAUCUCUUACAUUUAAUAUUGAGCCUUUGCAGAUAGCGGGCCCUCCAGACAAACAAUUACAGGAAAAAUCCUUUGAUGAUGAGCCUGAGGAGAACAAAAGUCAUUUUGAGGAAGGGACAUUACCAUGCAGAAUCGAGUGUGACAGAUCGUCAGCUCCUGAUCAAAAAACAAGCACAGCAUCAUUACCAGGGCAAUUUACCGAUGUAAAAACCUCAGCCACAACAUCACAGUCAUUUGAUCUGCAAACCACAGAUAGAACAACAAAAAUGACAAGUUCUCAAAAUGUGCCAGCCACAGCAUGUGGAACACUCAGUACUUACACCACUAGUGUCGAAAGUAUAAAGCAAGACGGGGCAGAGAAGUCAGAGGAAAUAAAAUACACAACUGAGAAAGCACAGGAGACAGUAGAACUGGAAGAAGAAAAAGCAUGCAAGAUGGAUUAUGAGAAGAUUAUAGAUGAGAAGAAAGACAGAGAAGUAAAAGAGGAAACAAAGGAACAAGAACAGAUGAAACCUGAAGAGAAGGUUGGUGUGAGAUCAGAAAAUGUGGGAGAGAUGCUAGAUGAUGUCAAGAAAGGCAAGUCAGAGCAAAAGAUGGAUAGUGAAGAAAAGGCUAAAGUGGGCUUGGAAGAACCAAAAGAAAAGAAAGAGAAAGAACAGAUGGAAAAGAUGGGAGAAAAGGGAGAAUCUAAAGAUAAAAUGGAAGAGAACAAGGAACACAUAGAAGAAAAGAUUGAAAAAGAUAGCAAGAAAUCAGACACAGCAGAGACUAGCCAGCAAAGUGCCUUUGUGUCUGCAAUUCAGCAAGAGGAGGUUGUAUGUCUAAGGGCUCCACCUGGCUAUGGGGAUGAUGUUUAUGAAAUCAUGGAUGAGGAAGAUGAAGUUGAGGAAGUAAUGAAGUAUGAUUCGAAAGAACCUCAACCAACUCCACCAUUAUCUCAGCCAUCAGAGAUGCAAGCUUCUUACCCUGAGGUCUCCAAGAAGUCAGAAGAGGGAGUAACUCGACCAUCUGACCUUGACAUGGAGACCACAUCUUCUCAGUCGCCUUCACUCUUUAAACAUUGCAAAGGAGAUAUCUCUCCAUCCUUCAUAAACCCAAGCCCACAUGAAUUAUCCAGUGAGGAAGGAGUCAAAAGUGAUCAUUCCAUGAAGGAUGAUGGCGAUGAGCGCGAGCAGCACUCUGUCAAGAGGAGAUCUCACAAAGAGCAGCAUCGUCAUCCCCAUAGUCACCAUGAGGAUGGCAAGGAGGGAACGCACAGCCUGCCGAGCUGUACUGAAGUGGGACAUGGCGUUUUUCUUGCAGGGGAAGAAACUCCUCCCACAUCUUUGAGCGAUGUGUCACUUCUCUCUCAGUCUGACUCAGAUGUUCCUCCAGAGACUGAGGAAUGCCCAUCAAUUACAGCAGAAGGAAACCUUGACUCAGAUGAAGAUGCAGAGCAUCUACCAGUGGACAAAAUGUCUGCUGCGGGUGGCAGUGGAGGGAGCCAUCACUCAUCGUCUCCAAGGAGUCAAGAUCCCCCACCCAUGCCAAUGAAAGACCCUCUUCCUCACCCACCACACCCUGAUGUGUGCAUGGUUGACCCAGAAGCCCUUCUUAAUGGUCAGACCCACACAGAACGACCAGUAAAGAAAGACCUUAAGACCAACAGAGGCUUGAGGAAGAAACUAGGAAAGUCUGCAUCACCAGCACGUAAAGGAGAUGCGAAAAGCAGGCGAUCGACCACGCCUGUUAAGCAGACAGCCAAAGACUCCUCACCUAAUGCCCCUUCACUUAUAAGGAAAGAUUCAGAGAAGACAUUUAAUUUGUCCAAAAUGUCUGAGACGCAAGGAUCCAGGGUAGACAUCUUCAACCCCGGAAGAGGAUUGGUCAAUGGUGUUAAGAGUAAUACAGGCUCCAACCUGAAGUCCAGUGCUGGGACUCCACCUGGACCACCCAUCUACGUUGACCUAGCUUACAUUCCCAACCACUGCAGUGCUAAAAAUGUUGAUCAAGAGUUCUUCAAGCGGGUGCGUGCAGCAUACUAUGUCAUCAGCGGAAAUGACCCAGGCAGUGGUGAACCCAGCCGUGCAGUUCUGGAUGCACUGCUAGAAGGCAAAGCACAGUGGGGCACUAACCUGCAGGUUACUUUAAUCCCUACACAUGACACAGAGGUAACUCGGGACUGGUAUCAACAGACCCACGAGAAACAACAGGAUCUGAAUAUAAUGGUCUUGGCCAGCAGCAGCACAGUAGUCAUGCAAGAUGAGUCUUUCCCUGCCUGCAAAAUAGAAUUUUAAACUGGUUUUCUGUUAAGAGCUUGCUUUUUGUUUUUCAUUCAUUUCUAAUCUUUUAGGUUUAGAUGAGUUCUCCACCCACAGCAUUCCAUCAGCUGCAAUUUAUAGUUUGUAUUCUAAUCUUCAAAGGCAACACAAUCCUAGUGCUGUCAUAGGACUUUUUUGUAAGCUUUGGUCCUGAUCUAAACUAUUGUGCUUUUUUGAUUGCAUCUGUAAGGCUGAAAACUAAAUGUUCAUUAGCUAGCUGCUAUGAAAAAAUAGUAUAAUGUUCAACAUAGGCUGAAGUUUGUCUGUGGAGCUGCAUAGCCAAUUUAAUUUGCUCAUAUUCUUUAACAUAAUUUAUAGAGACCAACAUUUUGUCAUCCAAUGCCUGUAAUUUGAAUUCAAAGCACAAAAAAUGCCCUUGGUAAAUCUGAUUCAUGCCCUGCAACUUUUUUUUUUCUUCCAAUGUUAGCAAAUAUAUCACAGAUAUACAAAGUUGUCUAUGAGAACAUUCUCUUUAUGUACGGUUAAGAGAGACCACUUCUAAGAACACCGACUCACAAAAAUGUAAUGGAACUUCCUUGUGCGCUACUAAGGAGGCUGAACGAGGUCUCCCAAGUCACUUUGAGAUCACAUACCAGCAAAUACAGAAAAGAAAGAAAUAAUGAUACACUAAUUUGCUAAUCCAAAGAGGAUUUAUGCCAAAUCUCAAUUCUUUCAAAUUGUGAUUAACAAAAUCUGCAACCAUAAUCAGAUUUUGGCUUGGCAAGGCUCUAAAAUAAUCACAUGACUCAUGCAAAAGAGUAGAGAGUGUUUUUCAGUGGCUGGUAUUGUAAUGACUUUACUAAAGCACGAUGCUCAGUCUAAACUUUGUAGGUACAUUAAUCAAGUGCUCUGUUGUGGGGAUUUGAAGACUGUAUGUAUCCACCUCUUUAAACAGACUAAUAACAAGAACAGCUUGUCUACCAUCUGCAAAUUAAUUGAGUAGAUUACUGUUAGAGUCAGAUGGAAAUUGUAAUUCAUUACCAAUAACACAAUGUUCCUUGCUUAAGUGAGGAUUUUUUUAUGGUAAUUGUUGUCAAAUUAAAAUUUGGCCAUACCCCUUUAGACCAAUAAUGCUAACAAAUAUUAAUCAAUCUGCCUGUUUUAAAUGUUUUUGGAUUCAGAUUUGACAUUUGCUGAAUGUUUUGUUAUUGAUAUUAUGUAUUGUUUAUAUACAUAUUUGACCAGAGUUGUUUUAGACUGAGAUUCCCCAGACACAAGCACUUUAGGUUUAUCCUGUUUGAAAAGAAAUGUCUCUUUGGUAAUGGAUAUUGCACUGAUUACCAAUGUAGCAUUGAAGGUGUUUUUGUUGUGGAGACUAAUCAAUAUAAUAGAACAGACAAAAUAGUUUUCAGUGGUUGCUGCGAGAGCAAACAGUGAGGGUUACCCUCAUGUGCCUUUUGUAUGAACCUUAAAAGACAGUAAGUGUUAACUGACAAGGUAAAACAUGAAUACAUUUCAAACAAUAUUACAAAUUAAAUAUAUAUUCAUAUACAUACAACUCAGUGUAGAAUAGUUUAGAAUAAUGGAAUAAUUUAUUAUGUAUUUUCUGGAAUUAGAAAUCCAUUAUGACCUUAUUUCUUUAGGUUUAUGAUAAUACAAUUUUAAUUGACUGACAAGUUAGUGCAUUAUAAAAACAGCAGGUGUUUAUAAUGAUAGCACUGUAUUGCACCAUAUGUGAUUGCACUUUUCUAAAAUGAAAAAGCGAGUUUGGUGGGUAGGCAGCAUGUAAAUAAUUAAGUAAUGUGUUCAUUUUUUUAUUUAAUAUUUUGAUCAAAGUGAGAGGCUUUCAGAUAUUUGUUUUCUAGUCUAAAACAGUGAAUGACAGAUGAAAUACUUUAACCUAUAGUAAAUUGUACGAAAGUCAGUUUUUGAGAACAAAUACACUCAAAGUAGAGGGAUGUUACAACGUUUUAAGAUGCAUUUUUGACUUUUUGUUGCUAACAUCCACUAAUUAAUUGGAUUUUUAUGGAGCCCUAGUAUUAUCUCUUUAAAAAUAGAAAGAUUUUUUUAACCCACCUAAAUUUAGGCUUUUUUUUUUUUUUGUUUAUAAUAUUUGGUUCUACUAUUUACAAAAGGCUAAAAACAUAUCAGCAGUCUGCCAUUGGCUUUAGCAUACUGAAAUAGACUGGAUUAACGGCAAGACAGUGGCUCUACAUCUUUUUUUGUUUUUUCAUUGUAAGUACCUUAAUCAAUAGUACUGCGUUAUCUUGACCGUUAUUUUAAAGCAAAGCAACAAGGGCCUACUGGUAAAUACACAGUACUAUUUCCUUCAAAGAAUCAUUGAUAUCAAAUUAUCCAAACCAUUUCAAAAACAAGCUCUAAGAAACACUGAAAUGCCUAUAAGGGUUAAAGGGAUUGUUCACCCAAAAUAAAAAUUCUGUCAUUUCAUUCUUCCAUGAAACACAAAAGGAAAUUUUAGGCUUAAUUUUAAGGACUCACAGGCUCAGUCACCAUUCACUUUCAUUGCACCUUUUUUCCAUACAAUAAAAGUGAAUGAUGGCUGAGGCUUUCAGUCUCUAACCUUAAAGACCGAUUUAUACUUCUGCGUCGAACCUACAGCGUAGGCUACGUGUAGCUACGGUGGUGAACUCCCCUAAUCCACUAAGUCCCAACAGGGGGUCAAGUGGACCUCCUCAUCAAAUCUGAGUGCAUGUCUAGUCUUAUUUAUGUAAAAGUCAGUGUUAUGCAUUGCAAUUUACUUCAUAUUAUUAUUAUUAUUUUUUAAUACAAAUCAAGUUUAGUGGCAGGAUCUUUGUGUACCCUUACUAACUGUUAACACAAAGGUUAGCAGUAGUGGUCAAAGACUAAGAAUUUACCUCUAGGGCCUCAAAACUAAAUGUUUACAUUAAUUAUAUAGACAUUAAUUAAAACAAAUUACUUGAUCCCACUAAUAAUACACACAAAUAUAAACCUACAGUGAUUUUUUAUUUUUUUAUGAUAGAAGGAUUAUGUUAAAUUGGGCUGACUCGAUGUACUGUAUUUCCUUUGGUGUGGAUAGAUUUAAUAUUUGAAAGCAUGAGCAUUUUAUUUCAAAUACCUGGCCUUAGUAACAAGUACGAUAGGAUCUUGUUUAUUAGCUGUGAUUUCUUUCCACACAAAUAUUUCUGUGUUAAAGAUAAAUGCACUAACUUUAAAUAAUAUUUUUGAAUGUAAAAGUUGCUUUGCUAGAUGCUGCUUGAACAAAACAAAGAACUAGCAAAAUAUGCACAUGGAACAGUGAACCUCAGAUAAUGGGUCACAGAGAGAACAGUGGUUUGGAAAGAGUGACUCAUGUACAAAAAAAAAAAAAAAAAAUGACCAUACACUCAUUAUCAGUGGUUGCUGACUAUAGUACUGAUACAUAACUCUUUCAACAAUAACAAUAAAUAACAUUACAUGUACAACAACUACUACACUGAAAACCGAUUACACUACAAAUUUGAGGUUUACUUCUUUAAUGACUUGAAAUGCCAAAAUAAAAGUCAAAACAAAUGACGUAACCUGUACAUAAAUCAAAAUAGCUGACAGUCAUUUAUGUGAAACACUUUCUUUAAAGAAAGUUCUAUGGUCAAUGUAAUUCUACUUUCCAAAAGGUAAAAAAAACAAACAAAAAAAAAAAACAUCUAUUAGUUUACUUUCAUUCUCCAAACACAUCAUUUUAUCAUGUGAUGGAUUCAUUUGGUCAUACACAGUAUGUCAUGCAUAUGUAUCCAUCUUUGCAUGUGAUCUUAAUCAGAAUAAAAGCUAAACUAUUUUAAGAACAUAUAUUUGAACAAGCUAAUUGUCUUUAUGGUACUGAUAUAUGCAUAUAUUAUCAGGCUUGGCUUCUGUUUGCCCUAAGAUGUUGUUAAGAAGAUGCUGUGAUAUAUCCUAAAUUUUUUGGCGCUGUAUGAAUCUUAGUUUUUUUCUUAUUUAGUGCAAUAUUCCACAUUUUGUCUUUAAAAGCUCAACGCAAAAGUAGAUUUCUGCUGACUUACUGUAAACAGACCCAUCCUGGUGAUAAUCAAUAAAAAACAUUUAUCAAAAUU